AUGACGAGCAAAUCAAGUAAAUUGAAUAACAAUCAACGACAUAGUCAUGAUGAUUCUGAUGACUCAAAUCAAAAUUUGAGUGAAGAAGAAUGCGCAUCAUUAAGAAAGCAAUGCGAUGAAGUGACAAAAGAAAAUACUCAAUUGAAAGAGGAAAUGCUGAUAUUGAGAAAAACCAUUCAAGAAUUGGAAGAUUGGAACGGUGAUUUCUCAGGCGGAUCAAAUACAACAUCUUCUUUACAAUCAACUAUCGAUUCUUUGACUUCACGGAAUCGACAACUAGAAAAUGACUUGCAACGUUUACAACUUCAACAGCGAAAUAAUCAACUAGCGCUUGAACGUUUGGAUGAAUACGAAGAAACCAUAUCUCAAUUGCAAGAUGAACUCGAUCAAGAACGUUCGAACAAGAAGAAGUCUCAAACUGAUAAAGAUGAAGAUGUUAAUCAUCUUCUUUUCACAGAAGAACGAAAGCGCGUUGAAGAAUUAUCUCAUCAUUUAGAAGCUGUACGUCGCGAAUCCGAAGAGAAAAGCUUACAAAUAGAAAAUGAACGAGACGCUCUUCGAAACUUCAAACACGAUCAAUUGAAGGAACAAGAAAAUCUUCGUAAAAUGCACGAUCAUCAAUUAGCUGAGUUGAAUGAACAAAUCCAAUCGUUAGAAAACAAUAAAAUUGAUUUGAUUAAUCAAUUGGAUGAACUACGACAACAAUUACAAUCAAGAGAAACGCAAAUUCGAUCAUUUCAGUCUUCCACUGCGACACCUGGUUCGCCUCCCAUGAUAUCUUCCUCGACUCAUGAUCGUCAAUCCGAAGAUGAUAAGCAACAGUUAACUUCCAUCUAUGAGCAAUUACUCACACUUCUACCUGGUGAAUAUUCACUGUCAGAUAAUGUAGCAUUGUCGUUGGUAGAACGUUUUACAAAUCUUUUCGAACAGUUUUCCUCUUACUUCGGAGCAUUAUCGAUAGUACAAGAAGAACUUGAUUCGUUAAAACAAAUACUCAUUGAAAAACAAGACGAACUUGAAAAACUUCGCAUGCAUUUGGAAGAGCAACAAACUGUGACAAAGAAAACUCAUUUCUAUGAAAGUGAUGAUGAAGGCGAGCAAGAAUUAGAAGAAAUUCUUGAUUUUCACCAACGAGCACCAUCGCGACAAUCAUUGGCGUCGGUCACACCUGGAGAGAAGCAACAGCUAAUCGCCCAGAAUGAACUUCUCUCGACUCUACUAACAGAAAAAGAACAAGAAUUGAUCUUUUUACAACAAACCGAGAAAACACGAGAAGAAUUUAUGGAAAAUCUCCGAUUGAAUCUACACAAAUCAGAAACAGAGAAAGAAAUGAAACAAACUGAACUGAAUGANUAUUGGUUCGAAAGAAUCGCUUCGAAAACAUGA